CUCCAACAGGAGAUGAUGAAUGAUUAACAUGCGAAUGGUUGUUUGCUGCUUAUGUGGUUAAAGUUCACACUUUCAGAUCUUCACUUCGUUCUAACAAAUAUUUCCUUGAAAUCAUCUGUUGGAUACAAGUCUGUACUUCAACAAAACUUCUCAGGGCACGUAUCAAAUAGUCGGCAGGUUAACCAUCAACACAUCUUAACCUAAAAUUUGACUAGAUUUGACAAGUUCACAGACCCUCCUUCAUGAAGAAGGGCAUUUUGAUAAAAUAUGAUCACCCUUAGAGGAAAGUUGAAAAAAGAUGGGGACAUCGCAAAUUCGAAAUCUAGAGAUACCAGUAAACGUGUUUCAAUCAGAGACAAGCUGCUAGUUAGAGAGGUGCAGGAAAUGGAACAGACGCUACCUAAUACAUGUGAAUUAGCAUUCGACGAUCCAAACCGGUUGCAUGAAUUCACACUGAUAAUUCUUCCUGAGGAAGGCUACUGGGUCGGAGGGCGCUUUCAUUUUGGUAUCUAUGUAACUGAAGAUUAUAACAUGGCUCCACCAAAAGUAAAGUGUCAAACAAAGUUAUGGCAUCCAAAUAUUAGUGAAGAUGGCGACGUAUGUUUAUCACUCUUGAGACAAAAUAGUAUCGAUGGAUUAGGUUGGGCACCUACCCGUAAACUGAAAGAUGUUGUCUGGGGGCUUAAUUCUCUAUUUACGGACUUGUUAAAUUUUGAAGAUCCUUUGAAUCAAGAAGCUGCUGAAUUAUUCUCAGUUGACAAGGAAUCUUUCAGACAUAAAGUAAAAGAAUAUGUGACACAAUAUGCCAAAAGAUGAUGUGAGUUCUAGUAAUCUUCAAUUCCAGAUUGAUUAUAAUUUAGUUGAUUUGUUUUUGUGGUCUAUACUCGUCCGUAUAUGAAAUUGGACUCUAUCUUUGAUACAUCAUUUUCAUUAUAGAAACUGCAACAACUUUAUACAGUACCAUCUGUUUAGAUGCUUUGUUGUUUCAUUCUCAGCAAAAAUCGUUCACAGUAAUAGAUUUUUUUCAAUCAUUUGAAGAUUUUGAACCAUUUCCUUGAUCAUGACAAAAAUGAAGAUAUAUAGAACUAAUGUACAAUAAAACUGAAUAUGCGAUUGAAAGAUGAGCAAUGUAAUGUGGGAGAUAAUAACUGUAAAUAAAUAUUUAAUAAUACAAAA